GUCGCAUUUGAUGACGCAAACACGUAUGACACCAAGUGCAAAGUGAGGAACCAACUUCGCUAACUUGCAGUGGCAAUGGGGGAUAUGAAGACCCCAGACUUUGAUGAUUUGCUGGCAGCGUUUGACAUUCCUGACAUUGACGCCAAUGAGGCCAUUCAGUCCAGUCCAGACGAGGAACGGGAUGAGGCCCGGACUAACGUUCAUGGGAGAGAGAGUGGAUCUCCUUCAAGGUUUGCCGACCCUCCUGCCCCUCAAAGCGAGCCUCCUGUAGUCAGUGUUAUUGUUAAGAACACAGUGCGGUCAGAGUCUUUUGAAGAGGAAGAGAAGUCUGCCAGGGAUAAAACAGACAAUCCUUCAAGCAGUGCCUUAGCCUCUCCUGUGCACGUUAAGUUGGAUGACAUCACUUCACAGCUUUGUCCCAGACUCCCCUCCGAGUCUGCUGUGGAGGGCGAGACGACUAAUGGCUUUGAGGAAUCUCCCUCCAGCCGGCAGGGACAGUCUAGCACAGAAGCAUGGCACCAGGCUUCACCUCUGAGGUCCACACUGAGUGAAAGUGACAGUGAAACCGAUAAAAGGCCUGAGCCUGGAUCUUCCCAGCAUGUGGUUGAUGUUAUGAACAGUUUAAGGCCCCUUCUCCACCUCAAGUCGCCAACCGCUGGUGUUCCCACCCCAUUAUCUCCUCCUUCCCCAGCCUCUGUCAGUGAUCACCUUUCUCCUCACUCCCCUCAGCAGGAUGAAACCUGUCUCAGAGAUAAUACACUAUCAUCACCGUCACUACAAAAUGACAGCAUGGAAACCGGAAUCAAGCAUGUUAUGCACACAGAUGAAGAUGACUCAGAACCAGAGCUGGUGAUCCAAGAGAGCCCAGAAUCUGUAAUGGCCCCACCUCCUAAGUUUAAAUACAGAGCAAAAUUACCACCUACUUUUCUUGGGUCUCCUGAAACGAGGCCUUCUGAUCCUCCUAAGCUCACUUUUUCCAGAAAACCAAAACCCCAACACGAGGAGGAUGGGCUGCCUACCACACCAAGCUCUCCACCCUCACCUCAAAGUUCCCAGGACCGCCUCCCACAUGUUAGCACCAGCUCUUCAUCAGUCCAAGAGGAGAAAUACCCAGAACAUGUGAUUGAUGAGAGGGAGUCGCCUGAGAGCCCACCACCCAGUGAGACAGGGUUUUUACUCCAAAAUAGAAGCAGCAGCCCUGAUCCCGGCUCAACAACAGCUCUAACUGCAAACCAUGACGAAUUCCACCAUCAGGAGGAGCACAUGGAGAGUGAGGACUGUCAGCAAGACAAGCCGGGUAACAGUGAAGGAAUGGGUGAAAAGGUGGAUGGGGAAAAUUUAGACACGGAGAAGUGUGAUGCUGACACUGAGGAUGCUGCAAGCGCCACAGAGAUGGUUUCACCUCCACUGCGACCACUCAAAGUUAAAAUCAAAAUGCCCACAGGCAGCAUCACAAGGACUGUCACUGGUGUGGUGCCUAAAAGAAGCGGAAGAGCCACCAGUAAGGGUGUGACUGCUCCAAAACCAUCACCACAGCGUCAUAACACAAGAGCCAAAAGGGAGUUACCGCAAGAAAGUCAGUUGACUGCAGUGGAGAUGCUGCAGGAUGCUUGCGCUGCCACACUAGAAGGUGCGAGUACAGUUAGAGAGAAAACCCCCGCUGACGCCAGGCCUAAAGUUUCCCCCACAGCAGUGAACAUCACAAAAACUGCAGCUCUGCCCUCUAUUACUACCUCCUCCUCCAGAGUCAGUGCGAGUACAGGCAACCUGCGCACCCUGGGCCAAAAAACUCUCAACAGUGGGGUGACACUACCUGCUUCUUUACCUCUGCUGCCCCCUCAAAGCAGCAGCAGGCCAGCAUCUAUAGUCAACAGCACUGGGGCCAUCAUAUCAAAGAGCCAGACCAACUUAGUGGAAGCCUUCAACAAAAUCCUGAAUAACAAGAACCUGCUGCCCAUUUAUAAACCAAAUCUGAGCGCCCCUCUUCCUGCAGAGUGGGGCAUUUCUCUACCUGCGCAGGGUUACCGGUGUCUGGAGUGCGGUGACGCCUUUGCCCUGGAGCAGAGUUUAGCACAGCACUAUGACCGGCGCUCGCUCAGAAUCGAGGUGACCUGCAAUCACUGCGCCAAACGGCUGGCCUUCUUCAACAAGUGUAGCUUGCUGUUACACGCCAGAGAGCACAAGGACAGAGGCCUGAUCAUGCAGUGUUCACACUUGGUCAUGAAACCAGUGCCUGUGGAUCAGAUGAUCAGCCAGCAGGAACCAACAGCAGCUGGCCAGACCAACCCAAAGGCAGCACCCCAGGCACAUCAAGCAGUAGCUAAGAAAGCAGAAGCAGUGCAGUACACAAGUAACAAAUGUCCUGAGUGUCAGGCUCAGUUCUGCAGCAAAGAAGAGGUGGCCGAACAUUUCCAGGAAAUCAAGCCAGCACAGAGCACUUCGUGCUCCGAGUGCUCGCCUCCCAUGCUGCUACCCAACAGCUGCAGUGCAGCAGCUCAUCAGCGCAUCCAUCAAGGCUCCUCUCCACAUGUGUGUCCAGAGUGUGGGGGCACAGCCAAGCAGGCACAGUUCAGAACACAUGUGGACGAGACCUGCUUGCACUUUUCCCGCCGUAUUGGCUACAGAUGUUCUAGCUGCCUGGUGGUGUUUGGAGGUCUGAACUCGGUGAAGUCUCACAUCCAGCAGGCUCACUGCGACAUGUUCCAUAAGUGUCCUAGCUGCCCCAUGGCUUUCAAAUCUGCUCCCAGCAUUCAGAACCACAUCACUGCCCAGCAUCCGGGGCUCCCUGAAGGACAGCCAAUGCUGAUCUAUAAGUGUGUCAUGUGUGACACAGUGUUUACCCACAAACCCCUGUUGCAUGCCCACUUUGACACUCAUUUAACCAAUCAAAAGGUCCACGUGUUUAAAUGCCCCGCGUGCACCAAGCUGUUUUCUCAGAGGAACUCACUGCUGGACCAUUUCAAGACCCACAAGACUCCCAAAUCAAAAGGAGAGCUACCUUUGCUUCCAGGUGGUGCUUCUCUGAAAUUAGAGAGCUCUGAUGGAGAUGAAUGGAUGCGUAAAGACAAAGAAGAGAAGGUGAAGCCAGAAAAGAUGAAGACCCCUUCAGGGUGGAGGUGUUCAUCUUGUAACACGCGCUACACGGACCGGGAGGACUAUAUUACCCAUAUGGGUGAACUGCACGGCAAGAUUUUGAAGAAGUUUCCCUGCAACAAAUGUGAGAGCUCCUUCACAACCACCUCCAGUCUGAGGCGUCACAUCAGAGAUAAGCACAAAGCCAUGAACCGCAGCUUUCGCUGCCAGUUUUGCACUGAAGGUAAGAAAACCUUCAGCAGCAGAACGAUGUUGGAGAGGCACCUUCAGCUGAGGCACAGCACAGAAACUGCAAGCCAUAAAACCACAAUGAGUGGUGAAGAUGAAGCUGACAGUUCAUCGGAACAGGACAGCAGUUUGGGGGCUCGCAAGAGACGGAGAGGAGCAGUGAAGGUGGAGCAGAAUGAAGAGUCCACAGACAGAGUUAGUCCGGGGAAGAAGCUACGGUCCUCUUCCUCCUCAGCUCUCGCUCCGUCCUCUCUUCCCGAGUCUGGGUUUCGGUGUGCCGUCUGUGGCUUCACCUCAGAGGAGAAGGUGGCUUUCCUGGAGCACAUCAGCCAGCACAGGCGCGGAGGCAUGGACGAUGGUGGCCUGCAGUGUCUCCAGUGUGGCGCCUGCUUCGCAUCCACCUUCUCACUGUCACGCCAUCGCUUCAUCACCCACAAAGUGAGAGAUGUGGUCAAUGACAACCAACAAGCACCCAGUGUGCACCUGUCACCCUCCGUUGGAAAUAGUAGGCACCACGAGGAAAAGAGUUCUCUGAAUGGCUCUGCACCAGCAUCACCCUCCACUCAGCCCUCCACAGGAGAGGGGAAAGAGGAGGAGGGAGCACUGGCCUGUAAGGUGUGUGGUAAACACUUUGACAAGGUCACAGAUCUGAAUACACACUUCAGAACUCACGGUAUGGCUUUUAUCAAUGCGAGGAACGCAGGAAAAACGAUCUGAGAUGGCAAACAUGAAGAAUAUGUCAUGAUUAAGAGUACUCACAAGUGCCUUUCUGUUACUGAGUACCGGUUAAAGUGCGAGUUCUGCUCUGAUUUUACCAAAGAUUACCAAUAUAGUCUGAAAACGUGAAAUGUUCAGAUGCGAUUCUCAUUGUUCCAGACGAGCUUUUGUGACACUCAGGAUCUGAUGCUGUGCUUCUGUGUUUAGUUAAUGUAAUGAAAUUAGAGUUUAGUCUGUUUCCCUCACAAUCAUGUGCCUGCAGAGGCCGGUGAACACUGUUCUAACCGUGCUGUGAUAACGAUGGCCGUUGAAUGAAUAUGCUUUUUUUUUUUUUUUUUUUUAAAGCAAACUGUUGCAGUGAUUUUGAUGCGUUCCUUUGAAUUUAUUGCCAGUCAUUUUUCAAAGCAUGCUGUCUCUUUCAGUUCAUUCCCAGCUUAAGCUGCAGCCGCUGGCUUCUCUACAUUUUAGUUUCAAUUUACAGAUACUUAAAAUUUCGCUUUUCUUGACUAUUUUCACUGACUAUUUCUGCACUGAGCUGAAAUGGAAAAGUACACGUUUGUACUUUUAGAAGAUUCCCCCUGAACUUUGCUUUGAGUCACACUGCUGAAAGUUUUUCAUUAGCUUUCGCUUAACUUUGCAAUAUAUGCUUGCAUAUAGUGGAAUCAUGGUGGUGUCAUCACUGAAUGAAAGCGGCAAUAAUUAAGGCCACCAAUACUUUACUGCAUAUGUGCAAUAAAGCAUUGGUGCUUUGGGAUUAGUUUUGAAAAAAAGAACUUAACUUAAAAUAAUGUACACUUAAAGGCCACAUAUCCUUGAAGUCUUUACACAUUUAGAUGCUGAAAUAAAUGCGGACCAAAAAUUUCUGGAAGUUUUGACUAUGCUUUGGAAAAUGUUAAGCAAUAAUCUGACUCGCAGACACACUAUUUGUAGGGGUGCAACUUUCUGAUGCAUUGAAAUCAACGUUUAAUUCCUUAUAAAUUGAAUGUAUUUAUAUCAGAUUGAGUAAUUUAUUCAGUGAGCAAGAGGUGGAAAGUGAAAUUGUUUUGUUUUUUUUUGUUUUGUUUUUUGGUAUGCGGGCCAUAUGUUUACCUAAAUCUUGCUUUAUGGAAUUACUGUAAAUGGAAGAUUGUUAUAUAUGCAUUUUGUCUAAAGUCCUUGGAACGGCUAAAAGAUUAAAACUAUUGUUCCCCAUAACCGACUACACGUUCUCUCGUGGUUCUUUCACCUAUAGGUGUCAACGUAGCUUCCUCAUCAGUUCAGAGAAACUGCAAAAUCGGCAUGUUUAACACAAGUGUUCUAAAAAAAUCUGAAAGGAGGAAUAAGUGCCAGUUUGAUCGAGACGCCUGGUUAUCCUGUUUAGAGGAUGUUUAUUCAGUACAGAUGUAAUGCAGAUUUAUUAAUUUGGUAGCUCAACAAAUGUUGCACCUCCUCAGGUUUUGUCACUACUGAAGAAUACUCUCAAUAAAUUUAAUCCUACCUUAAUCAAAUAGAGUUCACAGCUGAGGUUUGUAGGGUGGAUUUAUGAACUUUCAUGUAUUAAAACCAUAAACCAUAGAUGGAUGUUUGUAUUUUCUGUCCUGAUGUUUUGGUUGGAUUUGUUGGAUUUCUUUUUUUUGUUUUGUUUUGUUUUUAAAGGAGCUGCUAUACUUUUUCAGCUGGCCACUCUCUUGUUGAGGCUGGCAGCUCACAA